GCUCUAUCCGAAAGCGGGGUCGGGCCGAGGCGCAAGUCUCAGCUUGGUUGUGUCACCUCUCGACCCCAGGGCAUCUUCGGCCCCGCAAGUUCGGUGGCCCCGCAAACUUAGGGGCGCACCUGACUCGGUACUCGGGAGCCGAGAGGGGGCGCCGCGGGCGCGGGCGGGGGCGGUGUCCCGGGCGCGGGGCGCGGGGCGGGCGCUCCGGGAGGCGGCGGGCGGGGCGGGCAGGGGGCGGGGGCGCGGCUCCGAGCCCCGCACUCCCCCGCCGCGCACACUCUCCCGCAGCCCAGCCGCGCAACCCCAAGCCGCCGGCUCAGCCAGCCAGCGCCCGGCGCCCCGCACCUCGCGCCCCGCUCCCGGCCGGGCUUCGCGCAGCACCGCGCCUCGCGGCGUGCUAUGUGGAUUGUCCCGGCGGGGCCGGCCCGCGGGAUCUGCAGCGCCCGGCCCGCGGCCCCCGAGGUUCGCGGGGACUAUGACCCGGAAGGCGCGGCGCUGCCUGGGCCACCUCUUCCUCGGCCUGGGCAUGGUCUACCUUCGCAUCGGUGGCUUCUCCUCGGUGGUGGCUCUGGGCGCGAGCAUCAUCUGUAACAAGAUCCCAGGUCUGGCUCCCAGACAGCGGGCGAUCUGCCAGAGCCGGCCCGACGCCAUCAUCGUCAUAGGAGAAGGCUCGCAAAUGGGCCUGGAUGAAUGUCAGUUUCAGUUCCGGAAUGGCCGCUGGAACUGCUCGGCGCUGGGGGAACGCACCGUCUUCGGGAAGGAGCUCAAAGUGGGGAGCCGGGAGGCUGCGUUCACCUACGCCAUCAUCGCGGCUGGCGUGGCACACGCCAUCACAGCUGCCUGCACUCAGGGCAACCUGAGCGACUGCGGUUGCGACAGGGAGAAGCAGGGGCAGUACCACCGGGAUGAGGGCUGGAAGUGGGGCGGCUGCUCGGCCGACAUCCGCUACGGCAUCGGCUUCGCCAAGGUCUUCGUGGACGCUCGGGAGAUCAAGCAGAACGCCCGCACACUCAUGAACCUGCACAACAACGAGGCGGGCCGCAAGAUCCUGGAGGAGAACAUGAAGCUGGAGUGCAAGUGCCACGGGGUGUCGGGCUCCUGCACCACCAAGACGUGCUGGACCACGCUGCCGCAGUUCCGGGAGCUGGGCUACGUGCUCAAGGACAAGUACAACGAGGCGGUGCACGUGGAGCCCGUGCGCGCCAGCCGCAACAAGCGGCCCACCUUCCUCAAGAUCAAGAAGCCCCUGUCCUACCGCAAGCCCAUGGACACGGACCUGGUGUACAUCGAGAAGUCGCCCAACUACUGCGAGGAGGACCCGGUGACGGGCAGCGUGGGCACCCAGGGCCGAGCCUGUAACAAGACGGCUCCCCAGGCUAGCGGCUGCGACCUCAUGUGCUGCGGCCGCGGCUACAACACCCACCAGUACGCUCGCGUGUGGCAGUGUAACUGCAAGUUCCACUGGUGCUGCUACGUCAAGUGCAACACCUGCAGCGAGCGCACCGAGGUCUACACCUGCAAGUGAGCACCCUGGGGUGGCCAGCCAGGGCCCCCUGGACACCCCGCUCCCUGGCUGGCACCCCACCUGGGUCCUCCCUCCCGGGAGCCAGGGCCGAGGGUGUUUUUGUCUUCCUGGAUGGGGGCCUCUUCAGAGCCCUUGGCUGCUCUGCUCUGCUCUGCUCUGCGCUGUUCCUGGGUACCCAGCGCUGCUGCACCCACGCUGGACACUGCCCAGGGCAUCCCUCCCCUCGCCUCCUUCUUCUUCUCUCUCCUGGAGUUGGAGGCCCAGACUCUGGACCCUGGGGCCACAUUAUUGUAAUAUUUAAUGAUUUAUUCUGAUGGGGAAAAGAAAAGCAAAAAAGAUAAUAUUAAUUUAUUUAAUUAAAAAGAACACUCUCUCUCCCUCCCUGCCAGGACCCCCGUUCCUGGUAAAGCGGGCCGCUCACUUUCUUUGCACGAUGUGCUUUAACUUCCAAGACGCGGCACCCAGCAGAAUCACACCUGGUGGCUCUUGAUGUGGUGAUUUCUGGUGAUUCUACUAGGUGGUUCUGCAGGUGCAGGUGCUCCUCCCCGCUGCCCUUGUGAUUUAAGUGCAGGAGUGAGCGGACGGGUGUGUACACACACACACACACAGACACACACACAGACACACACACAUCUUUUUUUUUUUUUUUUUUUUGCUAUUUGCUGCUACUUAUCCAGACAUUGAAGCUGGUCCAUUUUGGGAGACUUUUUCAUGAAUCCUUUCUCUCACCCUUUAACCCUCUCCAUCUCAGCCAGUUUGGAGGAGAGAGAGAGAGAGAGAGAGAGAGAAGAGAAGAGAAGAGA